AUGACAGUGAAAAUACUCAGCUUAUUGCUUGUUGGGGCAUUUGUGUUCACUGUACGUGGAAACGAUGAGGCUACGACACCGGCAGCUGAAGUGGUUGUCGAGGAAUUCGCAGCCGGGCAGCAGCAGCAAUCGCCUGUAGUUGAAGCGAUAAUGGAGCAACACCGACAUCCAUCUGUAGAUGAAGUGAGCGCAACGACGGCUGCAUGUGAAACGUACUCGCCUACAAAAACAACGGAACGUGGGACAUCUGAAAGCGGAGAGUAUGAAGUGGAGAAAGAACUCGAAGGACUGGUGGUUUGCGUUUCACUUGAAAGAAUUUACUAUCAUUUUUAUUAA